CAAGAAAAGGUCAAAAGCAAUUGACAGCACAAACGCUUCUCUCUUCCGCCUCUCGACUGCUCGAAAAUGGGAAAACGAGACAAAAAACCCAAUCGACGUCGCCAUAAAGGAGAAUUCUCGAAUGACGGCGAAGAUUUCUACGAUCAACACCCUCCCGCUGCUCCCUCCGUCGUCGACGAAGACGAACAAAACUCCGAGGAAGAAAGCGACGAGCUUCAGCCAUCCUCUGAUUUGCCCUCAAAGUUCCUCUUAUACCAACAAUCAGUGCAGUCACCAAAAGGAGACAUAAGCUACUUGCAGAAGUUCUUUCUGAUGUAUGUUGGUGGAAGGCAGCCUCUCCAUUUCCAAGAAGACUUCUGUGGGACCGCUCUCUUAAGUGCGGAGUGGCUGAAGGCCGACACGAGGCGAACUGCUGUAGGGCUAGAUUUCGACCUCGAGGCGCUGGAAUGGUGCAUGGACAACAACAUCAGCAAGCUCGGCGCUGACGUGUGUUCGAGAAUGUCUCUUCUCCAUGGGAAUGUUUUGACCCCUCUUGACGCUAAGCAAGUGACUUCCAGAUCCCACGAGCUGAUGCAAAACAUCAGCUUGGAUGAUGAGGUUGAAGAAGAUCCCGGAGUUGAAUCCUUGGAGAAAGAUGGGUUACCGAAGAGGGAUAUCGUGUGUGCUUUCAAUUUCAGUUGCUGUUGCCUCCACAAACGCUCGGAGUUGGUUACUUACUUCAAGAAUGCGCGUGAGGCCUUGUCCAAGAAAGGUGGUAUAUUCGUUAUGGAUUUGUAUGGAGGUGCUUCUGCAGAGGGGCAGUUGAAGCUUCAACGCAAGUUCCCAACUUUCACGUAUACAUGGGAGCAGGCUGAGUUUGAUAUUGUUAGUCGCAAGACAAGGAUCAGUCUUCACUAUCACCUUCAAAAGCAGAACAGGAAGAUUCGCCAUGCUUUUUCUUAUAGCUGGAGACUGUGGUCAUUACCGGAGAUAAAAGACUGUAUGGAAGAAGCCGGGUUUAGAUCUGUCCAUUUCUGGCUCAGAGAAAUGCCAGACGCUUCUGAAAUGCGUAGAACAGAUGGGUUUGGUGCUGGACGAGAUAUCAAGUACGAAGAAGUCAAGAACUUUCAACAGUGUGAUGCUUGGAAUGCUUACAUUGUUGCCGUUAGCGUUUAGUUUUGUGUACUAAAACCUUUAUAGCAGAGGUUUUAUCCGAGUCCACCCCAACCAUCACUAGAGAAUCGGUUAUGCUAUCUUUUGGUCAAAAGCUGUGAAACCUGACACUUCUUUGCCACUUUAAUGAGAUCCUCUUACCGACUUUACAUUU